AUAUCGCCCCGUUCAGUGUUCUGCGUCGUCUAGCGGAGUUAGCUGUGAACGAAGUCAGCUUCUCUCUUUUGAUAAUUACUGGAAUUAGCGACGCCGUUAGUUGAUUUCCAUCUGAUAAUCAUACGUAAAAGUGUGUGUGUUUUUUUAAGCGUCGUGAUUAAUUAAUUUAUUUCCCUGCUCGAUGCUUACUCGUUAAUCCCCAACAAAAAAAAAAAAUCGGACAUGAGUGUCGAAUUAGUCACUCGUUAAUCCCCCACAAAAAAAAUCGUACAUGAGUGUCGAAUUAGUCACUCGUUAAUCUUCAACAAAGAAAUCGUACAUAAGUGUCGAAUUAGUUAACCACUUACUCGUUAAUUCCCAACAAAGAUCGUAUAUAAGUGUGGAAUUAGUUAGUUACUCGUUAAUCGCCGACAAAAAAAAAUAGUACACGAGUGUCGGAUUAGUUAGUCACUCGUUAAUCCCCACCAAAAAGAAAUCGUACGUGAGUGUGGAAUUAGUUAACCGCUUACUCAUAAAUCCCCAACAAAACAAAACGUACAUAAUCGUCGAAUUAGUUAGUCACUCGUUAAUCCCCAACGAAAAAAAUCCUGCAUAAAAAUGUCGAAUUUUGACUCUGCUCAUUAAUCCCCAUAAAAAAUCCUACGUUAAAGUUUAUAUAGAUCUCACUAAAGGUACAAUUUCCUUAGGAUGCUGUCCGUUGGGAAGUAUACCCUUUAAAAGAAUCCCACAUAGAGUCCUAUAAAGAUUUUGCAAAAGUAGGACAUCCUUAGGAUCGUCUCUCUGUGCAUAUCAUUCGCAAAAAAAGAAAAAAAAAAGUAUUUUUAAAAGGAUCCUUCUUGUUUUAAGUAGUACAUCCCCCGUGGUGCAAUAUUCCGUGCUGGUAUAAGGCCUUCUAUUGCUUUUUACCUUGAGGUGUGAUAAGGCUUUUUGAUCUAUAAUUCUCUCAGGAAAUACGAAAGGAUAUCUUUUAAGUGGUGGAUCAGCUGAUGGUGGCGGGUGGGUAGGAGGCAGUAGGAUGCCCAGAGUGUCUUUGCGUCGUGGCCUCCUCUACUUGUCGGCCGCGACCACCUUCUCUCUCCUGCUGGUGUCAGUCCACCAGCCUGGGGGAACCUGGCUCAAUGGCCCCCCAUCCUCGCCCAUCACCCUGCGGAGGCAGCAGCAGGCCGCUGCUGCAGCCGCUGCUCCUGCAGGAGGAGGAGGAGCUCAUGCGGACCACCCGGUUCUCGAGGUGGUAGAGGAGGAAGCCGAGAGCGGCGCAAGGCCUAACGGCGCAGGCCUUCAAGACGCCCUCCUCGAGGACGGAGCCUUAGCAGAGCCCGAUACCUACCAGAGGGUCCUGCCCUCCGUCCCACGCCCCCAGCCCCUGCCCAACGUCAGCCUGACGACGCUCCCCCCAGCCGUGCGCCCCUGGUACCUGGACGGGGGCCAGCUCCGCCCCGACGCACCCCUCGAUGGGGAGCAGUGGCUGCGCUCCCAGAGGCUGUGGCCCGACGAGGAGACCUCCGGCGACCGCAUCGUAGAGCAACUGAUGUUCCGUCCGCCCCCGCCGCCCCCGCGCCUGGAGGACCACCCCGACCCCUCGGCGGCCGACGGGUCCUCCGCUCCUCCGCCCUACAAGAAGAUCCUAAUGUACAAUGGCAUGAACUCCUGGGGCCUGCGGGCCGGGCGCGGGCAGUUCGUGAAGCUGAGGUGCCCGGUGGACACUUGCGUGCUGACGGGCAGCCGGUCCGAGAUCUCGACGGCGGAUGCCGUCAUGUUCAAGGACCACUUCAGCAUGCCCCCUAACAAGCGCGACCCACGCCAGGUUUGGGUCAUGUUCAUGCUGGAGUGCCCCAUGCAUACCCAGCACUUCACCAACAAGAACGUCUUCAACUGGACGGCCACCUACCGCCACGACUCUGACAUCGUGGCUCCCUACGAGAAAUGGGUCCACUACGACCCGAGCGUCCGGCAGAAGCCGCAGGACGUCAACUAUGCCGCCAACAAGACCAAGCAGGUCGCCUGGUUCGUGUCGAAUUGCGGUGCCAGGAACAACCGCCUGCAGUACGCAAAGGAGCUCGGCAAGUAUAUAGGCGUGGACAUCUUCGGGGCCUGCGGCACCAAGCGCUGCCCGAGGUCCAACUCCGCCAAGUGCUUCGAGAUGCUCAACAAGGACUACAAGUUCUACCUGGCUUUCGAGAACUCCAACUGCCGCGACUACAUCACCGAGAAGUUCUUCGUUAACGGUCUCAGGGGUAUCCCGAAACAGAUAAGCCGACGAUCUACUGAACAGGAUCGGGAAUCCAAAGGUCACCACAUCCUUCCCAUCGUGAUGGGCGCCCACCCAGACGACUACGCCCGCCAAGCCCCUGAGAAAUCUUACAUCCACGUCGACGACUUCGAGUCGCCCAAGGACCUCGCCGACUUCCUACAUCUCCUCGACCAGAAUGAUGACCUCUACAAUGAGUAUUUCCGGUGGAAGGGGACAGGGGAGUUCAUCAACACAUACUUCAUGUGUCGCCUGUGUGCCAUGCUGCACGACGAAGGCCACCAGCAGCAUUAUGAGGACAUCAACAUGUGGUGGCGCGGGUCGGGCACCUGCAUAAACGGCUCCUGGAGAAAGUACGACAAGAUGAGGAUGGAGAGCGACAGGAAUAAAAAGCAGCAGCUAUUGCAGCAGCAGCAACAGCAGCAGCAGCCGCCGAAGCAGCAGGAACAGCAGCAGAAUUCCGAAGGAUGAGGGAGGGAAGUUCGCGCGGUUUAGAAGUUCCCCCCCCCCUUUUAUUUUUUUUUUUCGUUAAAAGGUUGUUUGUGUGUUGUGGGGGUUGGGAUGGGAGAUGUGGAUAUGUUUCUCUGUGCGUGUGUGUUUUGGUGAGCGGGGAGGCGGACGGGGUUGGCCAAAGGAAAUCUUGGAACGUUUAGUGGCAAGUGGAAAAAUAAACAAAUAAAGUCAUUGCUGAAGUUCCUUCUCGCUGAGCGAGCAGCGACGAGAUUCAGAAGAAGAGGAAGAAGAGGAUUUGGCAACCGUUGAGAGAUGAAGGCAGCAAGUGCACUGGGGAAGUUAUCUGUAGAUUUUAAUCGCUUACUCUUUAAAAAAAAAAAACCAAGUUACUUAAACCAUUCCAGUCAGUGGCUUAGUGUUUUACCUCCUACGUAAGGACUGCUCCCAAAACCUCCGAUUACGUAGGAGUUCCGUAGCGGGGGAGUUCCGUAGAAGGAGUACUGUGAGCUGAGUGGACUUGAAUUUACGUAUAGAAAUAACCGUAGAGGGGAAUUUAUCCAGUGAAUUCGGUGAAUAAUCCACCGGGGCGGCUACGCGAUGAAAUUAAUGAAUUCAAAUGAUAAAUAUAUCUCCCCCUUGCAAAACCUCGCUCGCUUUUCUGGUAGAUGUUCAGAGUCAAUUACUUCGCUUUCAAUAGGUAUGGAGAAUGACGCGGGAUCUCGUCCGUGUGGGUUCCUACGAGAGGACUGAAAGAAAACUGUCAUUCCUGUCUGUGGGGUCAUCCUGUCUCGUCCUGAGCUGCAAAGAAAGGUUAAAAAUAAAGGGAAUGAAAUCAGUGGCAGAUUAUCAUAAAGCAGAGUCUUAUUUCUCUUUUUUUUUGUGUGGGUCAAAACUUUCAUUGUCAGGAUAUAUUGUUUGUGUACCUGUGGGAUAGAAGAGGGGGAAAGAUUGCGUUUGUGUGGUGUGUAUGUUUUCAAAAGGCGUGGUUUGUGCCCGCAGUGUUUGUUUGUUGGUGGGGCUAGGGUGGGUGGGUGGGUAUAUAUAUACAUAUAUAUACACGAACCAUUUCGUUCAGAUCAUGAUUGGCUCAAUUGAGACAAAAUCAUAUAAUUUCCAGUUUCUGCUUUAGAUAAAAAUCAUAGGACAGGGGAUAGGCGUGCACACAGACAGAGAGAUAUACGUAGAAUAUAUAAUAUUAUAUUAUGAGCAGUACACCAAAGAAUGAUAUAUAUAUACAUAUAUGUCAAAAAACAAAAAGGUUCAUGCUUUACAUUGACCAGUUCUCUAGAAGACAACAACAAAGGUACUGAAGCAUAGUUUACUGAGAGUUUGUUCUUUUUUUUUUUUAAUCAUUACUGAAACAAUAAGGGUUUGUUUACUAUAAUGGAAUUAGAUGGAAAAAUGUUGUCAAAUUUAAUUGAUGACGGAAUUUAUCUUUUCGAGAGUAUUUUCUUUAAUAUAUUUCUUGACAUGUCAAAAUUUAUUAUCUCGAGAAUAUAUUCGAAACGGAUUUCUUUAGAUGACAAGAUUUGUUAUCUCGAGAAUGUAUUCGAAAUGUAUUUCUUUAGAUGACAACAUUUAUUAUCUCGAGAAUAUAUUCGAAAUAUGUUUAUUGAGAUGACAAAAUUUAUGAUCUCGAGAUAUGUUUCUUGAGAUGACAACAUUUAUUAUCUCGAGAAUAUAUUCGAAAUAUGUUUAUUGAGAUGACAAAAUUUAUGAUCUCGAGUGUAUAUUCGAGAUGUUUCUUGAGAUGACAAGAUUUAUUAUCUCGAGAAUAUAUUAGGUAUAUAUUUCCUAAGCUGACCAAAUUUAUCAGCCAGAGAAUAUAUUUGAUUUUUUUAUUUAGAGUUUACAUGGGGAAUAACCUAACAUGAGUUUAAAAAAAAAAGGGAAAAUUUUUUUUUAAUGUAAUAUUGAGAGAAUUCUAGUACCGGAGAUAAAAAAAACAA